AUGUACACAGCGGUGCCCUAUCAAUUGUCCUCCUCGCAGGUCCACAGGGAGAAAUCAGCAUCCCGAUUCACCUUCGAGGAGAAAGCGAGCUGGGUAGACGCCCUGGGUAAACUGAGGAACGUGCCUUCCACCCUCCUCGGGGAGAGGCCGGGGCUCCCCCCGCCCUUUCCCCUCUCGGGCCUCGCCGACCCACAGCGCCGAGCUGAGACGUACCUGGCGCGGUCCCAGAAGCCAAGGUCACAGCCCUGCGGAGAUCUCCCGCAAGGACACAGCCCAGGUCCCCGGUCGCCGCUCCGGCCCGCGGUUCCGCGGCUCCGCCGCUGCCGCCCGCCCGCCGCGCGCAUGCGCAGCAUCGCUCCGCGCUGUCCCACCGCGGACCGCGGGGGUUCUCGGUGCGGCGGGGUCCCCCCAACGCGCGCCCACGCGGGGCCCCGGGAGCUCUCGCAGGCGCCGCUAGGCACGUUAAACGGAGCCCCCCCCAGAAAUGCCUUCGCGAGUCACUUACGUGCCCCACGUUGCCAGUGGGCACUGGGACCGCUCUUCGUGCACCCCACAAAUCCAUUGGUCUCGUCUCGGUCCGCUGCGGGCGGCCCGUCUCCGUGGCCCUUCACGGUGCACGGUGGGCAAACAGCCGAGAACCCCUCGAUCGACUCCCAGCUGCUCGAAGCCACCAGUGUGUUUGAUCCUUGCAGAAACGGCGUCCCGCACACGGUCGUUCAAGGAGUACCAUCCAGUGCCCACUUGGUGCACGAGGACGUGGCCUCGGGGUUGACGCCCUGGACCGCUGACCACAAGUUGACAAGAAGCUGGACAGUGGCUGGCUUCAGGAGGAUGGAUGCCAUCAAUAUCGCUGCCUUUCCAAUGAUCCCAUUGGAGGAGGACCUGGCUGUCUCUGAGGAUGUGCUGAAAGCAAUGAAGAAUGCCAUCAGGAAGGAUUUGGAAGACAACCCACCCACCUGCAUCAUUGGCUCCAUGGACCAGGUGAACCAAAGGAUUACUGAAGUUGAGCUGACCUCCAACCCAGUGGCCAGCCUCCCGGCUAUUGAGAGAUUCGAAGUGGAGAAGAAGGCUUUAAGAGAGAAAAAUCGUGGCGUCCUGGGAGACAGAGACAAGGACCUCAAGCCUCAAGCCACACCCUGUGGGGAGGAGCACAAGAAUGCCAAAUCUUCCAUGUUAAAGAGAAAAACGGCAAAUAAGAAUUUGCUGGUGGAGUUGUACCAGUAUCCUGAUUUUAACCCGUCCGGGCCGAACGAGCUUCCGAAUGGGGUGGACUUCUGUGACAUGGUGGGCAACGUCAUCCGGUCCGAGAAGAACCCCAGCAGUGGCAAGUUUUUCUGUGAGAAAAAAAAAGUCCAGAAGUUCCUGUCUUCUCCUUGCCAACGAGCCAUCCUGCUGGAUAGCUUCUGGUGGAUUUUUCAUGAAAGAUACCAGCCCAACAAGGACCUCCAGCGGAAGCUAUUUGAUCGGAUAUCCAGAAACUACGCCCAUCUUUUAUUUCUUGAACCCCGGUCCUACUAUGAAGAGGCUCUCUUAAAAAGGUUUCCCAACCUCCUGAGUAAAGGCGUCUACACCUGCUUCUGCACCUGCUUCCCGCAGUCCUGGUUCAACACACACGAGUUCAAGACCGCAGUCUGUAACACAAUAAGCCUGUGGCUUUCUGGUAUCUACCCUUGCCCACAAAGCUAUAACGCCUGGGAUAGCUCAGAACUGGACCCCGAGAGAUUCCGCAGAGAAGAAUUAAUGCUACAGAGAAAAAAGCUCAUAAAGGGCAGGGCUUUCUCUGGGCACACGCACAAGAGAUUUUUCUCCCAGAAGUCAGGGAGCAGCAAGAAAUUCAACCACAGUGUGGCAACCCGCUCUGCCCCAGUGCUGAGAACUCCGAGGCGGUGCGAGCAGCAGGCUCCCUCCAUGGCCAAGGGGCAAGACAUUGUGUACUUUUUUUUUUAUUCCUCUCACUCUCUCACUAAUAGGCUUACUGACUUCUGUUUUUCUCCCCUUGAGUUUAAUAUGAGUGCCAUGGCCAUUUCCUCGAAGAAGGAUCCACGUCAACCAGAAGGAAGCACAGCCAUACCGAACACUCUAAAAGAGCAGCCCUAUGAAGCACUAAUGAUGAAAAGAGUUACAAGUCAAUCCAAGGGAGUAAGACCACAUGAGAUUCUGUUACACAAACAGUCUCACCCAGCCUGCAAGAGCCCCGAGGUGGUUGAGAACUACUUCAACAUUUAUGGGAAGAGCCCCUUGAUUGUGUACUUCCUCCAUAACUACGCCAUUCUGCAGCACCACGGCAAGGAUGUGCUGGUAGUCAGGCGGGAGAAGACCAGGAGCAUCCCGGAUCUCACCCCGACGUAUGCUGACGUCAUUGCCCAGGCCCGGAAGAACAUAAAGAAGCGAAAGGACAACCUUGCCAGGCUGAACUGGCUUCACUGGAACGAAUGGAACUUCUUUGAUGAGCUCCUUAAGGAGCAGCAAAGCCACUACUUAAGAGAGGUGGAGAAGAUCAAUCAGAAAGCUGCAGAGCAAAAGAAAAUAAACCACAGAUGUGUGCCCCCAUCAACCUUCACGGAUGAAUAUGUUGACUGGAAAGUCAAAGGAAGCCAUUGCAGAGCCAGAAUGUCUGUUAAGGUGCAAAAGGAAUGGAGAAGAAAUCAACCUAGAUUGUCCAGUCCCUUCCCUCAACCUUUAAAGCCUUGAGAAGCAUCGAACGAUUUCUACAGACACUCCUGUGUUGCCCCUGUACCCCCAGAGAGGAGACGGACACCAAGAAGUCAAAAAGCCUUCUUCUUGGACCUCUUGUCUUCAAGCAUACCUGAAGGGAACCUGGCCCAGAAUAGGAGAAGGCUUCUAGAGGAGGCCUGUGUGCAGUAUUGAAUGCCAUCUCGUGGAGAAACAGCACAGCGAAACGAGAAAGGCAUGUUGCAAGGAGAGACCCCUUCAAUCAUUUCCAGGCCAGAGGACAAAGCCUGGGAAAGUUCACUCUUGCCCUGGGCCAAAGGCUGUGCUGCAAAUAGGAAUUAAGACCCUUCAUUCACGCAUUAACUGAUUCUUUCAUUCAGUUGGCUGUUAACAAUAACCCGGUGGAACACACAGCAUUAUGGAACACACAGCAUUAUCCUGCGCUGCUGCCGAGUCGACUCUGACUCUUUGUGACCCCGUAGGACAGAGUAGAACUGCUUCAUAGGGUGUACAAGACAAUCUUGACGAUAGCAGACAGCUUUAUCUCUCUCCGACAGAGUGGCUGCUGGGUUUGAACACUGACCUUGCAGUUAGCAGCCCAAUGCUUAACUUACUGUGCCACCAGGGUUCUUGACAACAUCAUAGGAUAACCUAAUAGUAGUCAUCAUAAGAGAUGCCAUUUCCCAUCUCUAGACAACUGGACAUACCUUGCAGAGGAGUAGUGGGGAGAUGAG